CACACAGUAAAGGGCUGCUGAGCGCCAGGCGCAGGCACACAGCCUUAGCAUAUUUUCUGGGCCCUCUAGCGCCCUGGCUACGGCUCUUCAGGCGCAUCUGGUACAUUCGUCAAGAAGUCCACCAGUGUGUUGGGUGCCAGAUGUACAUUUGGAAUUCAGUUCUGAAGGAUAUACUUCGGCCAAGUAAACCUUUUUUAGCUUCCAAAUUCAACAUGGAUGAAGCUUUGCCAGUUUCUGCUCCUGAAGACGCAGGUGGCCUCCUGACAGUGAAGGUGGAAGAUCCCAGCUGGGAGCCGCCUAGCCUCGCACCAGAGGGUCGUACCCACACCCAGGAGCUUUGCCGGCUGCAAUUUUGGCAGUUCCAUUACCAGGAGGUUCCUGGGCCCCGGGAAGCUCUGGCACAACUUCGAGAACUUUGUCACCAAUGGCUGAAGCCAGAGACCCACACAAAAGAGCAGAUCUUUGAGCUGCUGGUGCUGGAGCAGUUCCUGAUCAUCCUGCCUAAGGAACUCCAUACCUGGGUGCAGAUGUAUCGUCUGCAGAGUGGCAGCUUUCUAUGCACAGGGACAUCACAUGCAUCUAGUAGUGACAGUAUCAAGAAGCCUCUUUGGAGUGUCAGAGCCUCCAGAUCCUCGAACCUGGGGUCACUACCCUGGCAUAUGAACCUCCGCAGCUUCCCCCAGAAGGUUUUCUCCUCAGAGAACAGCCUUUCUCCAGGAGGAAAGUUCCAGAGGCAGCCCAGUAGUCCCUGAGUUUAGCUGACCCAGGUUCCAGAUGCUGGUAAAAACAGGACGAGGUGGUCCAGGCCUUUGCCCCAGAGGAGCGGCUGCAUUUGGCUCAGAGGAGGUUCUGUGAGAACCCAGCUCAGCAGGAGGUCACCAGUCUAAUAAAGCAGGUUAGUGCUGAAGAAGUGGAACAAGGUGGGAAGACCUCACGAAUACCCAGUGGAGAUCAUGCACCCCAGACGCCUGACAGUAACUGUUGUUUCUACUGAAAAACUGGCCUCAAGUUUGAUGAUGAAACAUUCAACUUGAUCGUCAAAGAAACCAAUAACUAUGCUUCUCAGAAAAAUGUCAACUUGA